AUGAUUACAAAUCGAGUUCUUUUUUCUUUGUUAUUUCUUAUUAUCCCUCUUAUUUUACCAUCUUGGACAUAUAAGUUUGAAACUUGUUGUGCAAAUGAAAAGGCAUCCAAUACAACAGCUAGUGUUCGUCUUUUAUCGUGUCCUUUAAAUUUUGUUAUUAAAUUACGUACGGUUAUUUUUUAUACGGGUAGCGGUUGUGCACCUAGUGCAUGUCAACGACGCCUCAACAAACAUUAUCUUGGUUGUAAUAAUCACCGUACUUGUUCAAUAUCGAUUAGAUGUAUUCCUAUGGAUUCGUCAUCAUGUACAUCAUUAACCACAAGUACAACUUAUGCUCAACAUUUAAUUGUCGAUUAUGAUUGUAUUUUACAUGAGCCCGAAUUAUCAUCCAAUUCUUUCAAUCGGUACAAUAAUGAGAAAAUUGAUAAUACUAGGCAAGAUAAUAAUGAAAAUGUAGUCGUUUUUUCAGCAAAAAUCAAUAUUGAAUCGCCACCAGAUCUUUUAAAUGAAACAGACCCUAUAGUACCAGAUAUACUAGAUGAUGAUCGUGCAUGGAAAGAAUUUAUACUCAAACAAUAUCUUGAUGGUAAACGAUUACCAUUAAUCAAUGGUGAAAAGCCAAUUAUUAUUCAACAAGAACGUUCAUUAUUUAACGAAAUACUUCGAACUGUAAUUAUACUUAUAGUGUUUACUUUGAUUAUUACUGUAUUAAUACUUAUUGGUUUCUUUCUACACAAACGUAUUAAAUUCCUUAGGAAACAAAAAUUUUUUGGCCAUCAUGAAAAACAAAAACAAAAACAUGAACGAUUUCCAAGCGAUGAAGCUUAUGACAAUCUAAAAACAAGUGCUGCUGAGUCAACAGCUGAAAGUGCAGCAGCAACUGAUGUGUGA